CUGAGCCACUUGUAAAGGGGCGGGACAGGUGAUGAAGUAACAAACAGAGGGUAUAAAUUCUUUGGCUUGUGUGAGGUUUCGCCAUGAGGACGGUACAAACUGAAAAAGAUGUGGUUUCUGCUAGCUUUUCUUUGUUUCUAAGGCUUUUGAUUUUGCGUGUCCGAGCUAGCAUCAGCUAACACUCAGGUUUUCAAACUCCCUCUGCUGAGGACACUUUUCCGAAAAAAGAGAGGCGCUGAGCAAUGAGCGCACCCUGACCUGCCUUCCCCCCCUUUUUUUCUUUCCUCUGGCAUUUUUUAGAGAAACUUUCAGCACCAAAGGAGUCUGAAUCACUUUUUGAAGGUUUUUAUAGUUAGUAAAACUUGUUUUUGCUUUCUCGCCAUGGAGAGCCAGAGCAGCAGGGACAGCAGCAGCAGGGCUGCUACACAGGAGUACCCGAACCCCUUCAUUCAUGAGCUGAAGCUCACCAAGGCGCAGUGGAUCAAGGGCAUCAUCCUGGGCUGCACCCUGCUCCCCAUACGGGUCUUCCUGGCGUGGAUCUUGUUAAUCGCUGCUUGGAUCGUCGCUGUGCUGCGAUUGGCCGGCCUGCCUCAGGAGGAACGCUCCAAACCCUUAUCAGGCUGGCGGCGCUGGCUGUUCCACCCGAUCCUGUGGCUGCUGGGCCGUGCAGUGUUCUUCUGCGUGGGCUUCCAUUGGGUUAAGGUGAAAGGUCGUAAGGCGGACGUGAAGGAGGCGCCGAUCCUGGUAGUGGCGCCCCACAGCAGCUUCUUGGACAUGGUGAUCAUGUUUCCAGCCGGGGUGCCGACAGUUGUGUCCCGGUCGGAGAACAUAAACCUGCCGGUCAUAGGAGCUCUGCUGGAGUGCAAUCAGUCUGUUCUUGUGAGCAGGAGGGAUCCUGAGUCCAGGAAAGAAGCCGUCUCAGAGCUAAACAAGAGGGUCACCUCCAAUGGAUCCUGGCCUCAGAUACUGAUGUUUCCUGAAGGAACCACAACUAAUGGCCGCUGUCUGCUCAGAUUCAAGACUGGUGCUUUCGUUCUCGGCGUCCCGUUCCAGCCCGUUGUGUUGCAUUACCCCAACGAGCUGGAUACUAUUCGCUGGACAUACAAAGGAAGCAACUGGUUUCAGGUGCUGUUUCACACGCUUUCACAGCCAUACACCAACAUCACUAUUGAGUUCCUGCCUGUUUACACUCCGUCCGAGGAGGAGAAGAAGAACUCUAGACUGUUUGCAGGCAACGUUCAGAAAGUCAUGGCGAGCGCUCUGGGAGUCCCUGCCUCAGACUACGUGAUGGCAGGCCGGAUUCCAGUCAGUAAACUGAAUGACCUCUCUGUCCCGCUUGAGUCUCCUGGCAAAGAAGCGAUGACACUUCUGUACAGAAAAGGUCUGGGCCCACGUGAUGUAGAGGCAGCGUUGGACAGGAUGAUUGACAGGUGUCGCUCAGGAGACGGGGGCACAAAGGUCAACGCAGAGGAGCUCGCCUCCAUCCUCGGGCUUAACAAAAAGACAGCCGUCCACAUCUGCAGCCUGUACUCUAGGGAUGACACGGUGGACCUCAGACACAUCUACUUCAAUAUGGCAGCCCUUAUCGGACAUGUGGACGAGAUCUCUCUGCUUCACUCUGCUUUCGCUGCGUUCGACAGAGAGGGCAGAGGCAGUCUGACUAAAGAGGAGCUGACGGAGCUCAUGGGAGCGCUGCUGGGUGUUCCUCAGCAGAGCACCGAGGAGCUCUACGACACUGCCACCGAGGACCAGGAGCAGCUCACUGAAGAGAGCUUGCUGCUCGUGUUGACAACCCACCCGAUCUAUCAGAAAGUGACGAAGGAGAUCCUGCAGCCCGAGAGACCGCCAUCCGCCAACGGGACGCUCAGUGAA